CGUUUACGCUCGGGGGAGGAUCCUGUGGUAGCGUAGCCUCAAAAGGGACGAACAGCUAGCACGACUGUUGCUAAAUACUAUUGCAUUUUUCUUUGCACUCGGGGCAAUUUGUUGUUUUAAAGUAUGAACGAAGGUGAUUUUACAGCAGCUCGGGGGAGAAAACCAGCGGUUCUCGACAAAGUCGACAUGUCAUUAGAUGACAUCAUCCGGUUGAACAAAAAAGAGCAACAGUUGAAAAGGAGACAGGGCCCAGCGACCCGCCGACCAGUCAAGAAGAAAGGCCGUUUAACCCAAGCAAAGGGACUUACAUCAAGAACUGCUGGAGCUUUCCAGAGAGGAGGUGGCGUGCCCCGAGGAGGAGCAUCUAAAUUAAGAAACAGAAGAGUCCCUCCCCCACCUGUACGGCGAAGGGGUCAAGGGGUUAUCACAGGACUGGCAGCCAGGCGGCCAGGUGCCCUGCUGAAACGAGUUGGCACACUCAACAGAGCAGCAAUCAACCAGAAAGCAAGACAGAAAACAAAGCCCUUCAUUCAACGCACUGAAGCCCCAUACAGGAAACCAGAGGUACAGAGGCGGCCGUACAGGCAGCCUGAUCCACAAAGAGUCCAGAAUGCAACAGCGGUCAGGAGACCGUUUCAGCUGCGACGACGACCACUGCCGCCUGUCCAGCAGACUCAGAGGGAAGCACGACAGGCCACGUUUCUUUUCCACAGAGGACUCAAGGUACAGGCCCAGGUGCAAAAGCCAAGUCCUCGCAGUCCUCCAGUCAGAACUCGGCAGUGGCGCACAUCGACAACCAGCAAUGGGAUCUUGACCGUUUCAAUUGACAACCCCACAGCCAGGACUCAGCCUGAGCCUCCCACUGCUUGGACUCUGCAUCCUCCAGCUGCCAUUUCUGCUCCUGUCAAGGUGGAAACAGCGGAGAAGAAAAUACCAAAAGGAGUGCCUCUGCAAUUUGACAUCAACAGUGUUGGAAAACCGCAAACAUCGAUCACCCUCAAUGAGCGAUUCCGCAUCCUAAAAGAUCGACGCACCGCCACGGCACACAUCAGCAAAGGCAGCCGAUUUGUCACUGUGGGUUAGCCGACAAGAAAACAGGCAACGAGUAAAUAACACUCCGAAGACCUUUCGUCCUGCUCAGACCCACACAGUGAACCCCACCUUUGUGACGGAUGGGACGUGCGGACCCACUGACUGACUUUACUAACAGGAGGGAGGUGACAGUGGGGCGACAGGCACAACGGCUCGACUGUGAGAACUCAAGUGUGCAGGUGUCAGUGGAAGGGUUUGUUUAAAAUAAGUUCCCAUUCAUUGUCGAUAUCAUUGUACUCCGCUGUUUGUAUUGUGGAUGUCUUUACUGGGAAGGAAGGAGCUUUUUUUCCUCCACUUUGGACUGGAACAGGUGACACUAUCAUGAAGGCUGCUCGGAAGUAUUUCUUUUCAGAGAGGACCGCUAUGUAUCUGCUCGGGUGGCACGUUUGUCUCUAUACCUUUUUUGUUUUUUUGGAAUUGUUUUGUAAUGUUUCUUCAAAUAAAUGAGUUUCUCUUUAAAGA